CCACAUCUCAUUCCUCUCGCCGGCGCGGGCUGAUUCUCAGGCGACCUUGAACUACCGGCGAGGAGGCGUCGAUGGCGGAGGAUUUGAAGGAGCGUACUCUGGAGGAGACCGCGACGUGGGCGGUCGCCAUCGUUUGUUUCGUGAUACUCGCGAUCUCCAUCUUGUUAGAACAUACCAUUGACCUCUUUGAGAAGUUCUUGAAGAGAAAGAGGAAGGGAUCUCUUGUUGAAGCAUUAGAGAAGGUUAAAUCAGAGCUUAUGCUGCUGGGGUUCAUAUCAUUGCUUCUGACAGUGCUUCAAGGUCCGAUAUCGAGCAUAUGCGUCCCCAGGAAGAUCGCCAAUUCUUGGCUUCCUUGUUCCGGGGGGAUAAAGACCGUCUCGACCUCCGAAAAGUACGGCCGCAGACUCCUCGAGUUCUCGGAGUUCCAUGGGGUCAUCCGCCGGAGUCUGGCCACGAAAGGGUACGAUAAAUGCACUGGAAAGGGGAAGUUUGCCUUUGUCACGGCGUACGGUAUUCAUCAGCUCCACAUAUUCAUCUUUGUGUUGGCCGUCUUCCAUGUUCUGUACUGCCUCACAACCUUGGCUCUGGGCAGCAUUAAGAUGAGACGAUGGAAAGCAUGGGAAAAAGAGACAAAGACACAAGAAUACAAGUACUUCCAUGAUCCUGAGAGGUUUAGAUAUACGAGAGAUACAUCAUUCGGUCGAAGGCAUUUGAGCUUCUGGAGCCAAUGGAGAAUAUCUGUCUGGAUAGUGUGCUUUUUCAGACAGUUCUUUGGAUCAGUCACAAAGGUUGAUUACUUGACACUAAGACAUGGAUUUAUCAAGGCACAUUUGCCACCCGGAAGCGAGACGACAUUCGACUUCCAGGAUUACAUCCAGAGAUCACUCGAGGACGACUUUAAAGUAGUCGUGGGAAUAAGUCCGGUUAUCUGGUUCUCUGCCGUGCUGUUCCUUCUGACCAAUACGCACGGAUGGCGUUCUUAUGUAUGGUUGCCGUUUAUUACUCUGAUUAUAGUACUCUUGGUGGGGACGAAGCUGCAAGUUAUAAUCACGAAAAUGGGACUGCGGAUUCAAGAGAGGGGAAAUGUGGUCAAGGGCAUUCCCGUGGUUCAACCCGGCGACGAGCUUUUCUGGUUCGGACGCCCGCGUCUCCUCCUUUUGUUGAUUCAUUUCAUUCUUUUUCAGAAUGCUUUUCAACUAGCCUUUUUCGCUUGGGCCACGUAUUCGUUCGGGUUCAAGAACUGCUUCCAUGAACGCACUGCGGAUAUCAUCUUCAGAGUUUCAAUGGGGGUCUUCGUCCAGGUCCUGUGCAGCUAUGUGACCUUGCCUCUCUAUGCUUUGGUGACACAGAUGGGAUCGACCAUGAAGCCCACAAUCUUCAAUGAUCACGUCGCCACGGCUAUCAAGCACUGGCAUACCACUGCGAAGAAACACACCAAAGCAAGCCGCCACCCCCAUGCCGACCCGUCCGCGUCAGCCGGGUCGGCUUCCAGCCGGCCGAUGACGCCGGCUCGUCUCCUGACCAACAACCUUAGAAGCGAGGAGAGCCUCCAAGAGGCCGAAAGCGAGCGCUGGCACGAGUUAGAGUUGACCAACGAGUCUUCUCACGGCCGUGAAUUCGGCGACGGCUCGGAGAUUGCUAGGCAUUCUGAUGUGGCGGAGGAAGAGCAGCCUUACUCGGCGAACCAGCCUCCGGCGACCACCGCUCCGGACCACAGCGACAUCAGCUUAGCGGGUAAAUAGAUCCACCAACAAUGAAGGCUGUUUUGCGGCGAUCACGGAGCAUUGGAGCUCGAAAGAGCUGGGCGGGGGAGUUGCGGAAGUACCAUGGUUUCUAGAGUUUCGUGACAAAUUCUUUUAGCUUCUGAAUUGUAAAUCUCCCCAGCUCUUUCGAGAGAAUGUCUACUCUACUGUUUAUGCAAAUAUUCUAAGAUAUUUUAUACCAUUUAGCUGGUAAUAAUUAAUAAAGAAAGAAAACCACCAGGCAAUAGCUAUG